UUUCUCCCAGACUGUCGUCUUCAAACUCUCCUCCUCUCCUCCCUUACAUACCUUCUCGUCACUCCCAUCAAGCAUCCCUGUGUCUCAAGCGUAUUUGACUCGCAUUCUUCCUUGUACGACCGUCUACCACCUCCAUCUGUCGGUUGCAGGAGUUCUUCGUCCACCGCCUGAUCUACGUCAUCAUCACCAGGCCGUGAAUCGAAGAGGUUCUCCGACCACCAUGGGCUUCCUCUAUCAGCGAGAAGUAUGCUAUUACGAUAGUUGGACUGGUAGAUGCAACGACAGCGCCUGGUAUAGCUGGGGCCGCUGGGUUGCCUUUGCUGUGAUUGUUGGCGCGGCCUUCAUAAUUUUCUUCCUUCUUGCAUGUUAUAACGCUCGUCGUCGUCGCCAUCGCGGUCUCCGGCCUCAUCCCGGGACCGCUUGGCUUGCUCCUCCUCCAGGCCCUCCUCCGCCAAAUCAGCCGUAUUACGGAGAUCCAUACUAUCAACAUCAGCCGCCACCACAGUAUACACCUCAGCCGCAGACACAUGGUUAUUUUGGUGGACAACAAACGGGCAUCGAGCUGCAGUCGCCACCGCACGCUUAUAACGCAGGAGGUGACCGAGUAUACCAGCCUCCGCCAGGGCCGCCACCUCCGAACGGACCCAAGGCGUAGGUUGGUGCAGAAUGCAUGCACUGGUACUAGGAACAUUGUUGCCUGUUAGAUCUCGAGUGAUUCUUUGGUCAGGGAGCACUGUUGUUUGUCUAGGCGUUUUCGGAAGUGUUGGGAUACCUUGUCUCUCGUUCCACUCUUUCCCUCAUAAUUGAUGCGGUCUGCAAUUGUGAAGGAGUUUAUGAUGUUACCAUGAGCCUCUAUAUUUCGUCUCUACAUCGAUUCUUAAUUUCAUGACCUAAAGGGAAAAUGUCGCGCUCUUGACUUUCGUGGCCUACUGCAUGGAAGUUUUCAGUGUUAACCAUACCCGUCCUAGGAAAUUCAUGUGCU